CAAUGAGGGCCUUUACUGGAGGACUAUGGAGCUAUCGGAAUCUUCUCAUCAUCAUUCUCACACCGCUGUUAAUCCUACCACUGCCUCUGGUCAUCAAGACACAGGUGGCUGAGUGUGCGUACACUCUGGUGCUAAUGGCUGUGUUCUGGAUGACAGAGGCAUUGCCUUUGUCUGUGACGGCCCUUCUUCCUGCAUUGCUCUUCCCCUUCUUUGGCAUUAUGAAGUCAUCAGUGGUUGCAACAAUGUAUUUCAAAGACUUUCACUUGUUACUGCUGGGGGUCAUCUGUCUUGCAACAUCCAUUGAGAAGUGGGGUCUCCACCGCAGAAUUGCCCUUAAAUUGGUCACUAUGAUCGGAGUCAACCCUGGCAUGUUGAUGUUAGGCUUCAUGGUAGGCUGUGCCUUCCUUUCCAUGUGGUUGAGCAACACAUCCACAGCAGCUAUGGUGAUGCCUAUAGCGGAGGCAGUGAUGCAGCAGGUCAUGAGUGCAGAGGGCGAGGUCAGCCAGCACCAAGAGAUGGCAGUGAACAGCAUCUACAAUCUUGCCCUUCAGCUGGAAGGUGAUGAUGAGAAACAUUGUGAAAGGUUCAAGGAUGUGAAGAGCACAGAGCCAGUGAUUCUUAGUGUCCCUGAGGAUGAUAACGUAACAGAGGCUCUACCAAGUUCACCUCUAAACUCAAAGUACAGGAACAAUCGAGAUCACAUGAUGUGUAAAGGUUUGUCGCUGUGCAUUGCGUACUCUGCAUCCAUUGGUGGACUGACUACUUUGCCAGGAACAUCUUCAAAUCUCAUUUUUGCUGAAUAUAUCCAUCAAUUUUAUCCAGACUGCAAGUCCAUCAAUUUUGGAAAUUGGUUUGUUUUUUGCCUGCCUGUCUGCAUUAUUGUACUUUUCUCAGCUUGGAUCUGGUUAUACUGGCUUUUUUUGGGAACUAAUUUCCGUUCCAUGCUGUGCUCCAGAGGAGGGCAGUCUGAACGAGAGAUUGCUGCAGCCAAACUUAUCAAGGAUCAGUAUAAUGCACUAGGCCCUAUGAGCCAGCAGGAGAUAAUCACCCUUGUUAUUUUCUUCAUUAUGGCAGUGCUGUGGUUUGUGAGAGAGCCUGGCUUCAUGCCAGGCUGGGCUUCACUAUUCCCUGAGUAUCCUGGCUAUGCUACUGAUGCCACUGUAGCUCUCCUUUUGGGUGUUUUGUUCUUUAUUAUCCCUGCUAACAGACCCACUGCAGAUAACUAUGAUGCUAUGAUAACAUGGAAGGAGUUCCAAGCCUGUAUGCCUUGGGAGAUUUGCCUGCUUGUGGGAGGGGGUUUUGCUUUAGCUGAGGGUGCUAAGGUCUCUGGUCUAUCCUCCUGGGUUGCAGAAUUGAUGACUCCAUUGGGGAGCCUCCCUGUACUGGCUACUGUUACUAUUGCCUGUAUCUUAGUCACCUGUAUCACUGAAGUAGCAAGUAAUCCAGCCACCAUUACCAUCUUCCUGCCCAUACUUGCUCCUUUGGCUGAGGCAAUCAACAUUAAUCCCCUGUACAUGCUGAUACCCACAACUCUUAGUGUGUCAUUUGCCUUCUUACUUCCUGUUUCCAACCCCCCAAAUGCCAUUGCCUUUGCUUAUGGGCAUCUAUCAAUAAUAGAUAUGGUGAAAGCAGGACUGGGCUUGAAUAUCAUAGGUGUCCUUGCAGUCCUGUUAGCAAUCAGUACAUGGGGUACAUCAUUGUUUGCUCUGGAUACAUAUCCAGACUGGGCUCCCAUCCAUGAUCUAACAAACACAACCGGUAUUUGAACAUCCACAGAGUACUGUAUAGUAUAAUGAUCAAGGACAAAGAAUGCAUGGAUAUUAAGAAAAAAAUGCAACUAAAGAGUAAGACUUAGAUAUGGAUGAAAAUUCUUGUUUGACAUGCAAAAAACAAGGAACCAAAGUUAUUAGGCUUAUAGGGUUAUAAGCACAAUGGUAGUAUCCAUGUUUUGUUACAGUGCUUCAGAGUACACAUUAGUUUGUGUAAAUUAAUUAAAAGGUUGAAUAAUGGGUGUUAUACUGUGUAUAUUAUUUUGUACUGGAAAUACUGUUGUUGUUUUUUUUAUACCUACUACUAACAAUAAUACAUUUAUUUAUAUAAGCAGAUUUUAUACAUGUAGCUUAGGCAUUAAUCAAGCCAAAUAAUGAAAUAUGAAACAGGACUCUGGAGCCAGUAGAAAUUUUAUGUUACUAUCGCUUAUGGACAAGAUAAACUAAAACCAUGGGUUAGCUUCUUAGCAUCUUACAGUGUGAGACGUGAUGUAACUCCAUGUUUGGUAAAAUUGAAAAAGCCUUUGUUUGGUUUUAUGAAUGCUGCAAAACCAUUGGAAAAAAACCCUAAACACUUAAACAUAAUGAAAUAAAGAAAAAUGCACAAUGAUAGAGGAAUCAAAAGUACAACACCAUUUAAUUGCAGCUGUGCAGUAAUGACAGUCACUCUUAUUUGUUCAUAUAGCUCAUGGCUAUGAAGAGAGUUUAUGCUUACAUUUGAAUUCAGAAUAAUUAAAUAAAUAAUGUAUUUUAGAAUAAUGUUUGUGUUCUUUGAAAUUAGCUGUCUGUGAUCAUUUUUUUAUAGCUAGAGGAAAAAAAAAACAUUUAUUUGGAUAUGGUUUUUCAAUUCUAUACUAUAAAUACAAGAAGUGUACUGAGAAAUGGUCAACAAGGAUGACUAUACCCUAAUUUAAUAUACAGAAAAAAAUUGUUUGCCCUGUAUACUCUCAAGAUAUAGUAAUGUUUUUCUAAUGUCACUUAAUUCAUCAUUGAAUGCUUUGUUGUAUAUUUGUAUAUUUUAUAUUCAGUUUCUCUCACCAUCCAUCUAACCCAAUGCAUCAUCUGAUGUGAUCAUCUUCUGUUGGAAGUACACAUGUAUUAAAUCACAACUAUUAUGUGAUGUCUG